GUGAAAAUCGGAGCACACGUUUCGACAUCGGGCGGUAUCAGCAAGGCAGUGGGGCGCGGACAGGAGAUAGGGUGCGAGGCACUGCAGAUAUUUGGCUCGUCGCCACAGUCCUGGGCGUUCCGAGAGAUUCCUGACGCAGAGAUCGAGGCGUUCCGACAGAACAUGGCAGAUGCGGGGAUAGGGCCGGUGUUCCUGCAUGCCAUCUACCUAGUAAACCUCGGAACGGAAAGGCCGGAUGUGUUGCAAAAGGGGAUAGAUUCCCUGGCCGCUCACCUGAACCUGGCCGGAAGGCUGGGAGCGGAGGGACUGAUCUUCCAUCCUGGCAGCCACGGAGGUGCGGGGUUCGAUGCAGUGCUGCCGCAGGUGGCGGACGGGAUACGACAGGCCCUUGACAAGACAUCCGACGGCCCCUGCCUCGCGGUGGAGAACAUGGCCGGGAUGGGCAAGCACAUCGGCGCCCGCUUCGAGGAACUAGGAGCGAUCCUGGACGCGGUGGACGACGAGCGGCUCAAGGUCUGCCUGGACACGCAGCACAGCUUCGCCGCAGGGUAUGACCUGACGACGGGCGAGGGCAUCGAGGAUAUGCUGGCGCAGUUAGACGCUGGCCCCGGCUCGACCAACGUGGUGGCGAUUCACGCCAACGACUCCAAGCGAGUCUGCGGGUCCGGGGUGGACCGCCACGACAACAUCGGCGAGGGAUUCAUCGGCGAGAGUGGAUUCGCGGUGUUCAUGGGGCACCCGGCGUUCGCGCACGUUCCCUUCCUGCUGGAGGUGCCGGGAUUCGAGGGCAAGGGUCCGGACCAACGCAACGUGGACAUCCUGAAGGAGAUCCGGCAGCGGGUGGGCGCGACCCAGUGA